GUCGCCUCCUGAAUCUCGUACCAGCCAGUCCAUGUCCAGCCCACCAGAUCGAUCGGAGCACACGGCGGUUAGCGGACAGUAGGCCGGUUGCACGUCUGUCAGUGGCUCUCGCUCGCAUCUGGGUGGGAUCGAUGGAGGGCAGCCUGCUUGUAGAUUCCGCCGCGGCGAACCUGGGCGCCACGACGGCGGCGCGCCGCCGCCGCGCGGCAGGCCGGAGCGGUGCGAGGUUCUUGAGCUGUCCUUGCUUCUCAUCCAGAGAUGCGCCGGCGACGGGGGCCUGGGCGUCCUACUACUCGGCUUGUUGUGAGAUGCUGAGGACGGUGAAGUCGGUGUCGCGAGUGAACGGGUGGAAGAACGGCAAUGGCCACGGGUGGGCGACGGCGCGGGAGGAGAGCGCCGUCCUGGAGGCCCUGGAGGACGAGUACGGCGGAAUGGUUGUCGACGCCGACCACCUGCCGUCCGGCACGGGCGAGUUCGCGCGGUCCCUGGCGGCGUCGCUCUCCUACUGGAAGUCGGCGGGCAAGAAGGGGGUGUGGCUGAAAUUACCGCUGGAUCGCUCCGAGUUCAUUCCACUAGCACUAAAAGAAGGCUUGAGGUACCACCACGCAGAGGAGACGUAUCUGAUGCUAACGUACUGGAUCCCUGAUGAGCCCUGCUUGCUCCCGGCGAAUGCCUCUCACCAGGUUGGAGUCGGGGGCUUUGUGAUCAACGACCAAAUGGAGGUUCUUGUGGUGCAAGAGAAGUAUUCUGCUUCAACGUGGCUUGGUGCUUGGAAACUCCCAACGGGAUUCAUCCAUGCGUCGGAGGAGAUUUUUACAGGAGCUGUCAGAGAGGUCAAGGAGGAGACUGGGAUUGACACUGAGUUUAUGGAACUGAUUGCUUUCAGACAUGCGCAUAACGUGGCGUUCCAAAAGUCGGACCUGUUCUUCAUCUGCCUGCUGAGACCGCUAUCCAACGAAAUCAAGAUCGACGAAGCGGAAAUUCAAGCAGCAAAGUGGAUGCCGCUCCGGGAGUUCAUGGAGCAGCCGUUCAUCCAGGAGGACCACAUGUUCCGGAAGAUCUCCGACAUCUGCGUGCAGCGCCUCCGGAGGCGCUACUGCGGGCUGACGGCGCACCACGUGGUCUCCAAGUUCGACGGCGGGGCGUCCACCUUGUACUACAGCGUCGCCGAGCCCGAGCGCGGAGACCUGAGCUGCGGCAUCGCCUGACCCUGACGGAUCACUGGCUGCUUCUGCUUCAUUUUGCCAUAGAAGAGAUAUUCAGGGUGUGAUGUGACUCCAAUUGCCCAAAAUUUUCCUGUGCGAUGCUCCGGCAUGAGGCGCCUCACCAGGGUCGCGAUCUGUAUGUACCUCAGUACCUGCGCAGGCACAAGGAUUCAUCAGUGCUGCCGCUUUGACUGUUGGUUUGCA